GUGUGAGUGACAGACAGUGACACUCCCACACUACACCGGUUAGUAAAAGGGUCUAGGGCGGAAGAGUGUCAGGCAGCUAAGGAGGCACAAUGAGUGGCAGAGUAGGAGAUUUGAGCCCCAAACAGGAGGAGGCCCUGACUAAGUUUCGUGAAAAUGUCAAGGACCUAAUGCCCAAGCUGCCUGCGUAUAGUCAGGAUGAUUACUACUUGCUGCGAUGGCUACGAGCCCGAUGCUUUAACCUGCAGAAAUCUGAGAGCAUGCUCCGAAAGAAUGUUGAAUUUCGGAAGCACAUGGAUUCUGAUAAUGUGUUAGAAAAGUGGCAACCUCCAGAGGUGGUACAGAAGUAUCUCUCAGGGGGAUUGUGUGGAUUUGACAAAGAAGGUUCUCCCAUUUGGUAUGAUGUUAUUGGACCCCUGGACCCCAAAGGCCUUCUAUUCUCUGCCUCCAAGCAAGACCUCAUGAAGACUAAGAUGCGAGACUGUGAGCUUAUGCAUCAGGAGUGUCGUAGGCAGAGUGAGAAGCUGGGAAAGCGGGUUGAAGAGGUGGUGAUGAUCUACGAUGUGCAAGGACUGGGACUGAAACAUCUAUGGAAGCCAGGUGUUGAGCUAUACGGAGAGGUUCUGACAAUGUUUGAAGAUAAUUACCCCGAGGCACUAAAACGAUUAUUUGUGAUUAAAGCUCCCAAGCUUUUCCCUGUUGCUUACAAUCUAAUCAAACACUUCUUGAGUGAGGAUACCCGCAAGAAAAUUAUGGUGAUUGGAGACAACUGGCAAGAGGUACUUCAGAAAUACAUUCCAGCAGACCAGUUGCCCAAGUACUAUGGUGGAACUCUCACUGACCCCGACGGUGAUCCCAAGUGCAAAUCCAAGAUAAACUAUGGCGGGGACGUUCCUAAGACAUACUACAUCCGUGACCAGGUUCAACAGAAUUAUGAGCUGAGUGUGAACAUCAAUAGGGGCUCUAGCCAACAGAUGGAAUAUGAAAUCCUCUUCCCAGGCUGCGUGCUCAGGUGGCAGUUCCAGUCAGAUGGAGCAGAUAUUGGUUUUGGGGUUUUUCGUAAGACAAAGCCUGGAGAGAGGCAGAAGGCAGGGGAUAUGAUUGAGGUGCUCCCUAAUCAGAGAUACAAUGCCCACAUGGUGCCUGAGGAUGGGACGCUGACCUGCGCUGACCCUGGCACCUAUGUCCUUCGCUUUGAUAACACAUACAGCUUCAUCCAUGCUAAGAAGAUCAGCUACACAGUGGAAGUCCUGCUGCCUGAUCGCAACUCCGAGGAAAAGAUACAACAGCUGGAAAACAAGAUGGAAGCCAGCCUGAACCUAUCAGGGGAUUCGUAGACAUCACCGCUUUUGUUCUAAGCCUGCACAAGACCCUCAAAUGCAUAUAUGAAUCAGGGAAUAGGCAUUACGGAUCAAAAUACUUAUGAGAACCCAAUCACAACAGUCAUACUAUGUUGUUGUAAAUACAAUAAGAUAUUUGUGUGGAUAUCCUGUUUAAAAUCAGGGAUUAUAGAUUACAAAACCAAGUUUGUCCAGUGUAUUAAAUGUAACUAGCAAAGUUUACACUGUCCUAAGAAUAUAAUAUUCCUAAAAUGUAGAUAAGUAUGGGCAGAAUAUAUGGGCAUUCUAUUAAACAUAGCCUGGCCAUUUUCAGGUAAGUUUUGUGUUAUUUUAAUGUUUAGUUCCUCCACCUUGAAUCUGUCGCUUCAUCAUCAGUACACUGUUCAAUAUUGCAGAGUGGAGUAGUUAGAUUGGUGAUUUCUAAAAAUCUCAAUUUAUGUGAUUUUGGGCUGAAUUUUGUUUAGAAUUCUAAAUAUUCUGAUAUUUUUAUAUUACAGAUCUGAGAUGGCUUAACAGGAUAUGAAACACAUUUUUUUUCUUUCACGAUUUAGAUAGAGCAUGCAAUUUUAAGAAACUUCCUAAUUUACUCCUAUUAUUUAACCACCAAUCAGCAAGCACUACCCAGAUGCUAACAAAAAUAGCCCGGCUCCUCAGCUUACAUUCCUGCUUUUUCAAAUAAAUAUUCCAAGAAAACAAAAAAUAUUGAUAAUAGGAAUAAAUUAGAAAGUUGCUUCAAAUUACCUGCUCUACCUGAAUCAUGAAAAAAAAAAUGGGUUUUAUAUCCCUUUAAGGAACUUUAUUGUUUUAUACUACUUUUGGUAUGCAAAAUAGUUUGAGAAACUUUACAUUUUUGGACUUGAUGAAGAGUGUAUAUAUGCAUGUGUACCCAUUUCUGAAAAACUAGCCCAGACUAGUGCAGAGAUAUAUACAUACAAAUAAUAAAUAUAUACAUACACACACACACACACAUAUAUAUAUAUAUAUAUAUAUAUAUAUAUAUAUAUAUAUAUAUAUAUAUAUUAACAUAUAUAAAGAGAGAGAGACAUAAUUACAUUAGCCUUAUAUAUACUGUAUAUAAACUCAGACUUCUCUGGCGAUGACUGGGUUAAUACUGGGUAAAUGAAGAUUAAUCUACGUACCUCUGUUUUCUUCUUCUAGUAUAGUGAAGAUACAAUCUAAGUAUCUACCACGCACAGUAAUACUGUAGACAUAUUGUAGCCUACAGUGGGCUACAUAUAUAUUCCUGCUAUACUUGAAUGGAAAAAAGUUUCUGAAGUAGUUCACAUAGACAUACCCACAUAAAUACAUGGAUAGGUUAACAGUCUUAGGUGGGAAAACCUUUUUUCUUUUCACUGGAAAAGUCUAAAGACAUUUAUAAAAUAAAUGAUGUUUUUGAUAUGCAAAUAGCAUGGUUUUAGUUCAGGUUUACAGCAUUGCUUUACUUUUUAAUUUAUAGUAACUAUGCACCUGUGGAGGUGGGGGGGACAUAUUCUGCAAGUGUGUAUUUUUUUUUGUUUUGGGUUUUUUUUUCCAGGAAGAACGCAGGGAACAUUUUAGAAUACAACAGAAAAUGUGUUGCACUAAAUUUGAAUGUCCAUCUAAACAUUCUUUACUUAAACAUGUUGUUUUAAUGAAAAAAAAUGUGUAUAAUUCAUUCAUCCUAUUUUAUCUGUGUACAAGCCAUGUUAUUGCUACUUGAGGGUGGGUCACCAUGGGACCAUGGGUUGAUAAUAGCAGUGUGAUUUCAUCUUAUCAGAAGCUUGAAAUUAAUGUUUAUUUGUUUAAAUUGUAUGGUUAAUAAUUAGUAGAAUGUUUUUUUUAUGAGUUUACAGCAAACAUUCCCUCUAAUGUUCAUGUAUUAAAUCUAAAUUUGACAGGAUGUCACAAUCUGUACUGCUUUACAUUUCUCAUUGUAUAUUUUUUAUGAAAUUGAGUAAAUCUGAUUGAAAUGUU